AUGAGUGUUAUCAUAAUUUUUGCUGGAAAAUUGAAGCUUGUAAGCGGCGUUUGCAUGUGUUAACGUCCUCUCAUGAUCCUAGAUCAUUAAAGGAGUUUAAUACUGUAGAUGUUGAGUUAUCCUUUGUGGUUGGAUCGUGAAAAUGCAUAUUGGAGGCAACAAGCGAAGGGAACUGGUUGAGAUUGUUGGUGACGGUAUUGACAAAGGGAGCAAACCUUCACUUUCAGUCCAAAGUCACGAAGACGCAGAAAGUCUCAGACUGUUGUCAAAUAUACGAAGAAUGCAAAACAUGUCUCAGAUUUGGGCUUCCAUACAGCAGCCAUUGAGCUCCAGCACACAAUUGACGGUGAGGAUAUACAUGAAAAUUUUCAUUUUAUGCAAUCAGUGUCUAAGAGCAUUCUGCACCUUUUGCAAGGCAUCAGUUGAAAGCUUUGAUCUGAAGAAAUGCUUGAUGACUUUUUUGGGAAUCACCAAGCAUGAGAGACAUUUGAUGCAUCUUGGAAUUACCAUCAGAAAGCAAAGGUGGUGGAGAGGGGAGACUAAUUCUAAAUCAAACAAUUGAGGUUGCUACUACCCUUUCUUCUGUUUAAGGACACCUUACUCAAAUUCCGACCAAAUGAGAGGCAAACUGAUGACUGAGACUGUCAGACUGCAUUGCUGGAAAAUGAUGAUUUCUCCGCCCUUUACGUAAUGAAAAGGAAGGGAUAUUGGAAGUGUUUUACAUGAUGAA